AUGCCAGGAACAGGUUACAACGAGAUGGCGCAAGGAUGGGGCUUCGAUCAUAAUCGCCCUUGGAGCAUGCUCGAUUAUCCUUAUUCCGGGUACUCGUACCGUUACGAUGCUCGCCGUAAUGGCGGCGUGCGGAUUCGUGCAGCAUUUGAGCAGGGCAGAUCGUCUACGCAACGUCUCACUGCUGAUACCCUGGUCCAUGCAGAAGUCGUAGGUCUUGCGGCCAGCAUCAUCCAGAUCGGUGGCAGCGGCGCCAAGCUCCCCAAGGAGCUGUACUUAUUCAUCAGCACUGCCGCGCGAGCUGACCACGACAUCACGACAAUCGCCCGGGACGUUGACAUAACCUCUGGAGUCCUUGCCAAUGAUGCUGUCAAGCAUGCGCGAGAUCUUCUGGGACAGUGCGGCGAGGUUUUCGAAGAGAUACUGGCCGUGGUUGAGAAGAGACGAAAGGUGGGAAAAUAUGGCAGGAAGCGUCUCAGCCUGAUGGGCAAGAUGAGCUGGCCAAUGAUGGAGCUGCGGGUUGAGCUGCUGUGCAGACGGCUGGAGACUCUAAAGAGCAGCUUACUGGUAGUAUUCUAUGUCUUGCAGCUUCCACAAAGUCAGGCACAAUGGGAAGUGGAAAAGGCAUCCCUCGAGGAACAGCGGAACAAUAUGCGCGAGUUGCAUCAACAACAACAGGCUUCACUGAAGAUCCUCAGGGUGCUCGAGAUCAAACUUUCUAAAUUCCAAUUGGACGACGAGACCACCCUUCAAGACACGAAUCCGCCUUCGUGCACGUGA